UUGUGUAGAUGUUAGCAUUAUUGAGGUGCUUGCUUCGCUUAAAUUGUCGUUUCUUUCAGCUUGCUUCUUUCUGAGCUCCACCGUCCGUCCAAGUAAUGGCCUUCUCGCAACAGGGCUGAUCUCACUUGCUGUUGUGUGAAUGCAUCAUCCAGCCAAAGUACAGUGAGAAAGUGGAAAUUUACCGUUUUCAGUCAAUGUCAAAACAACUGUCCCCGUCCAAUUCAACGCUCCGCCUCUUCGGUGUAUGUGUUAGUCCAAAGUGCGGGGGCGUGUCCCACCUUCAUCCUUCCUGCUUUUUAACUCGGUCAACAUCAGGGCUCAGGGGAGGUUAUGCUGACAGCUGAAACGGCAACAUCUACGCUGCAUCUCAUAUGAAGGAAAUAAUGUCACAGAAAGAGAAGCUCCAGUUCCUGAAGGACUUCCACAAAGACACCUUGAAGCCAUCUCCUGGAAAGAGCCCAGGCACCCGGCCAGAGGAUGAGGCUGAAGGAAAGGCACCACAGAGGGAGAAGUGGGCCAGCAAGCUUGACUUUGUGCUCUCGGUUGCAGGCGGCUUUGUGGGUUUGGGUAACGUGUGGCGUUUCCCAUACCUCUGCUACAAGAACGGCGGAGGUGCCUUUUUAAUUCCAUACUUCAUCUUUUUGUUUGGAGGAGGCCUGCCUGUGUUCUUCUUGGAAGUGGCUCUAGGCCAGUUCACUUCUGAGGGGGGGAUUACCUGUUGGGAGAAACUGUGUCCCAUCUUCACAGGUAUCGGGUAUGCAUCUAUUGUGAUCGUGUCCUUGCUGAAUGUGUACUACAUCGUGAUCCUGGCAUGGGGGCUCUACUACCUGCUCCAGUGCUUCCAGACUGAGCUACCGUGGGCCAAAUGCAGCCGGGCCUGGAAUACAGCGAACUGUGUGGAGGACACUGUCCGCAGGAACAAGAGCUUGUGGCUGGCGGUCAAUGCAACCAACUUCACCUCUCCUGUCACCGAAUUCUGGGAACACAACGUCCUUAGCAUCUCCAGUGGUAUCGAGGAGGUGGGUGCCCUCAAAUGGGACCUUGCUCUAUGCCUGCUGGCUGUCUGGGUCAUCUGCUUCUUCUGCAUCUGGAAAGGGGUGAAGUCAACGGGGAAGGUUGUUUACAUUACUGCAACCUUCCCUUUCGUGAUGCUCUUCGUCCUGCUGAUCCGUGGUGUUACUCUACCAGGUGCAUCUGAAGGGAUCAAGUUCUAUUUGUACCCGGACUUGAGCAGACUGGCUGACCCAGAGGUUUGGAUAGAUGCAGGAACUCAGAUUUUCUUCUCGUACGCCAUCUGUCUGGGAGCGAUGACAUCACUGGGGAGCUACAAUAAGUACAAGUACAACUGCUACAGGGACUGUUUGCUGCUGGGAGGCCUGAACAGCGGAACCAGCUUUGUGUCUGGCUUCGCAAUAUUUUCCGUCCUGGGCUUCAUGGCACAAGAGCAAGGGGUGGACAUUGCCGAUGUGGCAGAGUCAGGACCGGGCCUGGCCUUCAUCGCUUAUCCCAAAGCUGUGUCCAUGAUGCCAUUUCCAACUGUCUGGGCCAUUCUCUUCUUCAUCAUGCUUCUGCUCUUGGGCCUUGAUAGUCAGUUUGUUGAAGUGGAAGGACAGAUCACUUCCCUGGUCGAUCUGUAUCCAUCCUUCCUAAGGAAGGGCUACCGGAGGGAAAUCUUCAUAGCUAUAGUGUGUAUUGUGAGCUACUUUCUGGGACUUACCAUGGUAACGAAAGGCGGCAUGUACGUGUUUCAGCUCUUUGAUUACUAUGCAGCCAGUGGUGUGUGCCUUCUAUGGGUUGCAUUCUUUGAAUGUGUAGCUGUAGCCUGGGUUUAUGGCGUUGAUAAUUUCUACGAUGCAAUUGAAGACAUGAUUGGCUACAGACCCAGUCCUUGGAUGAAACUAAGCUGGACAAUCAUCACUCCUGUGCUUUGUGUGGGGUGCUUUGUCUUCUCCUUGGUCAAGUACAAACCGCUGACAUACAACAAGACCUACCAGUACCCAGAUUGGUCCAUUGGCUUGGGCUGGGCCCUAGCACUGGCCUCCAUGGUCUGCAUCCCCAUGGUGGUGGUCAUCAAGAUUAUUCGUUCAGAUGGCCCUCUGAUCGAGCGCAUCAAAGCGGUUGCUGCACCAGUGAAGGGUGGGGGAUCCUCCCGUCCUGCCAGUUACCAGACCAAGGGCAAUAAACUCGCUAUUCCCUUGGACCUGAGUGGAAACAGCGGCCUGAUGAAGCCCACCCACACCAUUGUGGAGACGGUGAUAUGAUCGCUCUCUAUGAGAGGAGAAAAAAACAACCUGCUCGCUGUGUUAUUGUAUACUUGCUCACUUUGAUAGUUGUAGGACUGUUUACAUUGCUAUAUAUCUUCAUUAGUGAUUUUAAUGUUUUCUACCAAACAUUUUGUUUUUGUUUAUAUUCCUGGUGUUUUUAAUCAGUUUUAUUAUGCUGUUAUUAUUAACGUUACCGUUGCUGUAGCUAAGGGGAAUAUUGGUCUCGGCCAUGUGGCAGUAUUGUCAGAUAGGGUGUAAUUUUUUUUUUUUUUUUUUUUUUUUACUUUCAUUUUUAAAUUUCCUUAUUUUGUGUAGCUAAUGGACAACAGACUCUCUGGGGUAGGAAGAAAAAGAUAAAUAUUUAAACAAUAAGAGCUAAUAGUGUAAUUUGUGCUUGAAAGUAAGACUUCAGUAUGUCAUUGUAUUCAGGAAAAAGGACCCUGUAUAUCUCAAACAUGUCUUCUUGUCAUAGUGCCAGUGUCCACAUCUGGUGCGGUUGUGGUUUUUGUUGUGUUCGGUGUUUGUUGUGACAUGCAAGUGAAUGUAAUUCCAGUGGCAGAGCCAGGACAUAUGGCAUAUAUCCUACAGGCAUAGAACUCCCUGUCUUACAGGAUGGAGAUUAUUCAGUGUGUGAUAUGGUGCUGGUGUAGAUGCUGAUUUAAAGGGCAGUUAGAUAUGUACUGCGGUGCCCCUGACUUCAUCCCUGCUUUGUCACCCCCCCCCCCGACAUUUGCGUUGCUCCUCAUACGAUGAUUCCAGAAGGGUUUUCUUUGGUUUACCUUCUUAUACUACUGGUGGCCAGUUGUAAGAGUGACACACAAUCACUGCUUCCCUGUACAUCCCUUCUCGCAAGCAAACCACUGAUGGCAGAUGCAGAACUUGCCAGAAAUGUACCAACAUUUAACACGAGCACAUUGAAAACUUGCUCAGGCCCACAGCUUCUUUUGGGCAGCUUGUUAGGUUUUAAAAUAUUCCGUGUUUGGAUACUGGAUCUUAAAUAUUUGAAGACUCUACCCUGUCUGCUUCUACCUCCAUUCCUUAACUGGUGUGUCUAUCACUAUUUCCCUUGCCUAUCCUUAUUUAUCUAUUUAUAUCUAUCUAUUUCUCUCUCUAUCCUGAUUUCUUUCUGUCCUUAAUUCUGUUUUUCCUGCCCAGUCCUCAACCAAAAUAUUUACUCUUCAAAUUCACUGCCUUUAAAAUGAAUGGAUAGAAAAACUGAGAGGUGUGAGCCACUGCUCUGUUGCUGCAAAUAUACAAACUUACCAAUGAACAGACCAAAGACCAUCAGGAUAAAUUUGUCUGAAAUCAACAAUUACUAAAAAUUAACUUCUAAUUAUGUUAUGCACUUCAACUUUACAAAGUUGUUGGUUUUAAGUUUUAGUCAUGUUUUUUUUUUUUUUUCCCCCCUCCAUAGGAAGCUAUAUCUUCAGCAAAAAGCAUUCUUUUGUCCUUCCUGGAGAUUUAACGAAAUAAUUUCAUUUGAUUGUUAGCAUCUGAAUCCUUCAAUGCAAUUUUAUUGUCCAUUAAUAUUAGUGUUCUCACUUAUCUAUCCUUCACUUUCAGUAAAAUCUUUUUGAAAUUUAAUUAAAUCUUUUUAUUGUUUAAGUCAUGAACAUGGAAAAUAUAUAAUCAGAAAUAUUUUACUGCAGAAUGUAUUUUGGACCUUUAAUUAAAAUCCACAAGUGUGGUUCUGAUGGAGAAAUCUGAGACCCCUGGUGACAGAGUCCUCCUCCAUUAAAGUCCAGCUGACUCUGUCUGGCAGAUGGGGAAGGAUUCCUCCUGCAGGAAUGGACCGACAUUCCACUGAGAAGACCUACCAAACAUUUAUAGUUUUCAAAGGAAAGGUCUUCUUUAUUUUAAAAAGCAUGUUUUUAAACAGGUACAGUUUUGAGAAGUAGCAGUUUUUAUAAUUUUCAGAAGUUAUUUGCUAAACAGAUGCAAUCAUAUUUUUCAAUGUUUUUUUACAACAUUUGAAACUUUCUGAAACAGUUAAUAAAUUGAUUGUUGAUUGGAAAAGUCUUUGCUUUCCAAGAGUGUUGCAUGCAUUUCCAAUGACUGUAGUGCACAGAGCAGCCACAGAACAUGUGCUUGAUUAUAAUGUGUGUCUGAGAGACACAUUACACUGCCUCAUAUCACAUAUGACUUGGAAUUAGGAUCCUGCAUAAAAGUUUUUUUUUUUUUUUUUUUUUUUAAAUCCCUAAAAUGAUCAAAAAUAAGCAAGGAGUGUAGUUCUUAAUGACCACCGCCGUUGACUGCCAAAUAGAAGGGCCAUGUAAUAGAACAUCGCGUUAAUGGCAGGAAAAGGCAUCCAAAAGUUUUUAUUCACUCGAUUCAUUUACACAAAAUAUCGCAAGACAAAAGUAAGUUUCAAGCAUUCAGAGGAACUGUGAUACAAGAACUGCACUUGUUUAACCAUUUCCUGAAAUGGCCCAUGCUGGAAGAUGUCUCCCACACAACAAAGAUUAUCAUUUUGACUAAAUAAAAACUGCCUUUGUAGGUUGAUGAUAAUUGACCUACAAAUUUUUUUUUUUUUUAUUCUGAUCAUGUUAUAUACAUAUAGUGUAUAUAAUGUGUGUGUAUAUAUAUGCUGCAUUCUUAAUGCAGUAAAACCUUUAGAAUUCAACUGAAAAAAUUCAUACCUCUCAGAUAUAACUGAUUAAACAGAUCCCAUAAUUAAAAACAUUCAAAACUUGACAUGUGCUUUUUUACUAAAUGUAUCAUAUUAGAAAUGAUGUUGUCCAGUAAUUAACUGAUUUUGUUGUUUAAAAAACUCACUGGUAUCAUCCACAGUGUUCUGUAUUUAAGCAUUAGUUACAUCUCAUCAGCCAGACACUGCAGGCUGCCCUGCUCUUUUCUGUAUUUCAGUGUACUGCCUUGUAUACUGUCAUUCCACAUUGAAUCCUGUGAAAUGUUAUAAACUUUAUUACUCUGUGCUGUUAAAGCAUCUUCUUGCAUUUUUCGAACAAACGAAACUUUAGGUUCUUUGCUUUUGCUUUGAUAGAACUUCGUGUUUCUAUAACUUUGUGAGAAGAAAAUAAACACUUUAAUGAUG